UCUACGGUUACAAUAGAAAGAGUUCCAAACGUCUAAAACGGCAACGUCAAAAAGAAAAAUAAUCAAAGAAUUUUGUGAAUUGUCACAUUGAGAUUUGUGAAUUGUGAUUAUUUUUUUAUAUAUUGCGAUGUUUUCAAAUAGCAAAACAUGAAAAUCCGUUUUUUUUAAUCAUUAUUGUUGCGGUAUUAAAAACAUUCCUAUUUGAAUAGUAACUUUUAUUAUAUUUUUUUCAAUAACGAUGGGUGGAUUAUUUACUAAAAGUAAGAAACCAGUCAGUAGAGUAACUGAACAAGAUAAGGCGAUUCUUCAAUUAAAACAACAGCGGGAUAAGUUAAAGCAGUACCAAAAGAAAAUUGAAUUAAAUUUAGAAAGGGACCGACAGUUAGCUAAAAAACUUCUCGCUGAAGAUAAGCGUGAUAGAGCAAAAUUACUUCUGAGAAAGAAGAAAUACCAAGAAAAUCUAUUGCAAAAUACAGAUGCACAGCUUGAAAAGUUAGAGCAAUUGACACAUGAUUUAGAAUUUGCUGAGAUUGAAGUACAGGUACUUGAUGGCUUGAAGAAUGGUAAUGCUGCUUUGAAGAAGGUUCAUGAUAUAUUAAAUAUUGAUGAAAUAGAAAAAAUAAUGGAUGAAACUCGGGAAGGUAUUGAGAAACAAAGAGAGAUUGAUGAACUAAUUUCUGGACAACUCACUGAAGAAGAUGAUGAAGCAAUUGAAAAUGAGCUUGAAGAGAUUCUUGACGUUAGUAAACAACUUCCGGAUGUUCCAGCAGAUGAAAUAAUGGACACUGAAGAAGCUGUGCCAGAAAAACCUCAAAGGACAAAAGUGGGUCAGAAAAAAAUUGCAUUGGAAGCCUAAACAAAUUUUAUUAAUAAUAAUAUUGUUUAAUUUUAAAAAUGUAUAUGCAUGU